GGUACUAAAGUGAUUAAUAUGAAUUUGUAUCUUGUUAAUUGAUUUUAAUGUGCAAAAUAAAGAUGGAUUGUGUUCAACUAUGCCGGUGUUGUUUAACCGUAGGUCUUCAUAAAGAUCUGGACAUUCCAUAUUUUUAUUUAGACAAGAGAGAAGUUUAUUCAGAUAUGUUAUCGGAGUGUUUUAACAUAGUAUUUUCACAGUUGUCCGCAGACAAAACAUACAACAUGAUAUGUGAAUCAUGCAUUACAAGCCUUCGUAGUUCACUUAUCUUCAAGCAACAGGUGGUUAAAGCUGAACAAGAUUUCAUUGAGUGGAUAAAAGAGAAAAAAGGCAAAGAUCAGAAGACAACAUCAGAAGUUAAAGAGGAACUAAAAGAGGAGAGUGAAAAUGAGUCGGAUGAUUACUUCUUGUGUGAUGCAGAAAAACCAACCAAAAUGAAACUAGAAAGUAAACUGUCAAAGAAGAGAAUGAAGGUAGAUAAGGGGGACUUAGAAGAUGUUGAACUUCAAACCAUCAAAAUAGAGCCAAAGCCAGAAAGUGAAGAGUCUGAUCACUUCCUAAGUGAUACUGAUGCCCGUGACGUCACAGAUUUGAAAGUAAACAAAAACAAAGCUAGUAAAAAGAGUAGAGUUACAAUUUCUAGUCAAAAAGAUAAAAAUAUCAACAUAAUGUGGACAACACGAAGAAAUAAUGAUAAAACUAAACACAAAGAGAACUUAAAAACUAUAUUACAAUACAGCAAUGCUACUCCAUUCAAGAAUGGAUCACAUUUAGGCUAUAUAUGUGGUUACUGCGAACAAACAUACAUAGAUCCUAAAGAUCUCCGCAACCAUACUAAGGAAUAUCAUGAAAAUGAACGUCUCCAAUUCAAAACAAACUUUUACAUGUCCGAAUUUAAUGUUAAAUUGGACGUUACAGAUCUAAAAUGUUCUAUAUGUGAUCUAAAUGUCAACAAUUUGAAUGAUUUUAAAACGCAUAUAGUUAAAUUUCAUAAUAAAAUUAUACAUAAUGAUAUAAAAGAUCAUUUGCAACAAUUUAAAUUGAAAAAAGGUGAUAUAUACGAUUGUGUUUUAUGUUCAGCAACUUAUGAAACAUUUAAAAUGUUAAAACAACAUAUGAAUAAUCAUUACAGUAAUUAUAUAUGUAAUAUAUGUAAUACACCAUUCGCUACAAAAAGAUCUUUAACAUCACAUAAAAGUACACAUAUUGAGGGUAGUUUUAAAUGUGAUCAUUGUACUAAAAUCUUUUCUAGUAAAGCUAAAAAAAUGUAUCACGAGAAAACUAAACAUUUAGGUGAAAGAAAUAUAAGUAAUUGUCAAUACUGUGAUCAAUCAUUCCGAAGUUAUUAUCAAAGGAAUCAACAUUUAAUCAAAGUACAUAAUGCAGAAGCUAAAUACAAAUGUAAUGUUUGUUCAAAAUCUUAUAUAUUAAAAUCAUUAUUAAUGAGUCAUAUAAAAAAGAAUCAUUUAUUAGAAAGAAAUUUUCAAUGUACCGAAUGUGGGUAUAAGUUUUUCAGUACAAAAGGACUUAAAGCACAUAUGGUUAAGCAUUCUGGUAUUAAAAAGUUUUCUUGUGAAGUCUGUAACAAGUCUUAUGCAAGAAAAUAUACUUUGAGAGAACAUAUGAGGAUACAUAAUAACGAUAGAAGGUUCAAAUGUGAUAUUUGUUCGGUCACUUUUGUACAGAAAUGUAGUUUAAAAAGUCACCUUUUAUCCAAUCAUGGUAUUAGUAUGGCGGCUAGUGAUAUCGUUUCAACAUAACCUCAAA